AUGGGUGAAUCCAGACAAGAUCUCCUCAAUUGGCUGAACAGCCUCCUUCAGCUUAACCUGACCAAGGUCGAGCAGUGCGGCACUGGCGCCGCGUACUGCCAGGUCUUUGACAGCAUAUACAUGGACGUGCCCAUGUCCAAGGUCAAGUUCAACGUCAGCGGCGAUUACGCCUACAUCCAAAACUUCAAAGUUUUGCAGAACACCUUCCUCAAGCACCAGGUCGAUAAGCCCAUCCCCGUCGAAUCGUUGGUGAAAUGCAAGAUGCAGGACAACCUGGAGUUCCUGCAAUGGCUAAAGAAGUUCUGGGACCUCAACUUCCCCGACCACGAUUACGACGCUGUUGCACGGAGAAAGGGUGGUGGUCUGCCACCAGCCGGUUCGGGAGCGCCCAGGGCUGCUGCUACUUCUAGCGCGGCUGCCCGACGAGUUGGCGGCACCACCCCAAGCACCGGCCCUCGUAUCGCCAAGGCGGCACCCGGCCCUGGCACCGCAGCUUUGCAGGCGGAGAUUGCGACUCUGAAGGAGACUGUGGGCGGCCUGGAGCGCGAACGAGAUUUCUACUUUAGCAAGCUUCGCGACAUUGAGUUGCUGAUCCAGCAAGCCGUGGAUGAGGACCCCGAACUGGAGAAACAAGAGGACGGCCUGGUCAAGCACAUCCAGACCAUCCUGUACUCGACGGAGGAAGGCUUUGAGAUCCCGGCCGAGGCUGAGGGUCUGGAUGACCAGGAGACUUUCUAAAACGAAUCUAUUGGAACGUGAUAUUUGAUCGCUUAGAAUGGUCAUGGGGAGGAGUAUUUUGAAGGGUGAAGUGUUGAUUCAAAGCAUAUGGCCAAUCGUUCAUGACGGAGGCAUUCAUGGGUGCCGCCAUUUACAUCUUCCUUUUUUUUUUGUUAGAGGACUUAGGGUGUGAAUCCUAUAGAGCAAACUAGUACUACAACUGUUUGGACAAUACUACUAUUAAUACG